AGGAGGAGCCAGCAGCCGGGGGGAGGGCGCGAGACGAGGGCAUGGUGGAUUUUCUUUUUGUAUGUGUGUACGCAAAAGGUGGAAUACUGAGGUCCCGGUUCUAAUUCUUGUAAGCCUGUGGGCCGCCCAUGAGCCUAUUUGGAAAUAUGGUUACUCAGAAGUGACAACUUCUGGGCACAAAUGAAAAUCUCUCUUCAAACUGCAGUUCUAUUGAGAGAGGUAGAGUUUUCCAGGAUGUCGUCCUCCUAGAUGCUGAGACGCCCCCCCUCAAUGUCAUUCUUAGGGAUGCUACCACAGUGGGAACUGUAUCUUUACUUGGUUCUUUCUUUUGGCUUUCAUUUUUAUUCUUUCUAUGAAGUGUUUCAAGUCUCUCGGGAGUAUGAAGAUGAACUGGACAGAGAAUUUGAACUGGAAACUGACACACUGUUUUGGAGAUUUAGAAAGGAUCCUAUGGAUUUUGAAUGGAGUUUUUGGAUGGAAUGGGGAAAAAGGUAUAUACUAUGGCUUCUUUGUGGCCACUUAGUAGUAUCCCAGAUGUCCAGCCUUUACAUGGCGAAGCAUAAACCCUGGUUUUUGAUGGCCUAUGGUAUGGCAACCAGCUGGUUUCUGCUGGGCAUCCAUGGUCUGAUAGUGAUUUUGCUACAUGGGACUGUCUCAUACUUAGUGGCUCUGUUUAAGAACCCUGUUCUGACGUGGCUGAGCUCAUUGCUUCUGUUAACAACGUUGCAUGUACCUGCCCUGGAAGAAAUAAAGAGAGGCUGGUAUGCCAGUGAAAGUGAGUACUACUUGCUACUUUUCACCCUGACUGUCCGCUGCCUCUACUACACAAGCUUCAGUCUAGAAUAUUGCUGGCAAAGGCCUGUCAAGUUGGCACAUCACUCAUUUCUUUGGAUGUUGGCGUAUGUGUUCUAUUAUCCUGCAUUUCACAACGGGCCCAUUCUCACCUUCGAUGACUUUCAUGAGCAGAUGACUAAACAAGAAUCCUGCAUUUUGAAGUCUAAUCUCUGGGAUUUCAUCCGGGCUGCCAUUCGGAUUUUGCUUUGGUGGGGGCUGGCAGAGUCUAUGAUUCAUCUGAUGUACAUGCAUGCUAUCUACAGUAGUCCCUCACACAUGGAAACAGUCACCUAUUGGACCUUAGGUGGCCUGGCAUUGGCUCAAGUCCUGUUUUUUUAUGUGAAGUACCUUGUCCUCUUUGGUGUUCCUGCCCUUGUUAUACGUAUGGAUGGACUCAUGCCUCCUGACCUACCUCGCUGUGUAAGCACCAUGUACAGCUUUUCUGGAAUGUGGAGGAGUUUUGAUGUUGGACUGCAUAGAUUUCUUAUCAGGUACAUUUACAUCCCAAUGGGAGGAUCCCGCUGCAGCAUGUUUAAGAUGAUGUUUUCCACAGCAAUCACAUUUGCUUUUGUAAGCUAUUGGCAUGGUGGCCAUAACUACCUUUGGUCCUGGGCUGUACUUAAUUGGCUUGGAGUAACUGCCGAAAAUGGAGUGAAGAGGCUGGUUUCUCUCCCAGGUUUCCAUAAUUUCAUUAACCAUUGUUUGUCCCCAAGAGGUUGUCGUCGACUCCAUGCAGCUCUGGCAUCUGUCUCUACGAUGUUCUUGAUUUUUUCCAACCUCAUCUUUCUUGGAGGAAAUCAUGUUGGGAGAAUCUACUGGAACAGAAUCUUCAUUGAAGGCUGGCCCUGGGCAACACUCUGUGUGUUCGGGUUCCUGUAUUGCUAUUCUCAUGUUGGGAUUGAAUGGCAGCACACAUACACCAAGGAUGAGCAAUCGUCCCAAAGGAUGCCAUCUAAGUCUUAAAAGAAAGCUCCAAAGAACUUACAGAUUCCUCCCCCACUUCCUCUCCAUGUACAACGUAUCCUGUUGCAGCCUUUGAAAUCUGGAGGCUUAUAUACUUGCCACAGCAAGUAUAUGCAUUUGCACAGCUGCACAAAAUCUCAAAACUCUGGAAACCAUUUUAAUAUAUAUGGGGUUUUUUAAAUGGACUCCAUGAAAUGAAAACACGUUUGAAAAUGUAUUUGUUUCCCAGGAUGCUAACUUGUACAUAUGCAUGUACACAUGCUGCAUAUGUAGUUGUAUGUAUAAUAUGAGUGUGUGUCAGCAGGAAAAAGGUGUGUUAUACAGUAGCGGCCAAUCGGGGCUGCGGGGUCAGGGUGGAGGGGCGAAGAGCAGGGCUGGAAGGAGUAAAUGGGCCACAGCUGCACCUCUCUCCCUCUCUCUCCCCACAUUGCCCCAGCUGCGUGCCCCUCUUCCUGUAUU